AUGUCUGAAGGCGCGGAGAACCAAGACGCGCAGAUAGCACAACUCGCGAGCUUGACUGGUCUCGAUCCUGCGACUGCAGAACGCUACUUGAACGCAUCCAACGGCGAUCUUACUCUCGCUGCUUCGCUCUACUUCGACGAACACCAAGAACAAGAGCAGGGCUCAGAAGCAGACGUCGAAAUGGCUGGCGACGAGCAAACUACCGACCCGACCCCCAACCCUCCUCAGCAGCCUGUACCUGGUGGCGCUCGUAGACUCGAUGGCUCAUAUGUUGAUCCGCCCGCGGCUGCAGCAUCAUCCUCAUCAUCACAGCCUUCGUCCAGCAGACAGGCUCCCCAGCAGCGCGGUGUGGCGGGUCUAAGGACGCUCAAGGACCUCCAGUCGUCGGGUGGCGGAGGCGGACACGGCCAUGCCCACGGAGAUGGCGAUCACAGCUCGGAUGAGGACCAGGACGACGAGAACCAGGACUUCUUCACGGGUGGUGAGAAGUCAGGACUGGCGGUGCAGAACCCAAAUGCCGCAAACCCUCGCGACCAGAUCAACAACAUCCUGAAGCGCGCGCGACAGAAUGCUCCACGACCGGGCGGUGACGACGAGCGGCCGAGCUCAUUCUUCCGCGGUACUGGUACUACACUUGGUGGCGACGAUGCGCCCUCGCGUACCAUCCCCGACCCCAAAGCGGCUGCAGCUGCCGCAGCUCCCCCAGAGCGUGCUCAUCGCGAGCUGCACUUGUGGCGUGACGGCUUCUCGGUCGAUGACGGUGCCCUUUUCCGCUACGACGACCCCGCAAAUGCGCGCACCCUGGAGAUGAUCAACACGGGUCACGCUCCACUACACAUCCUGAACGUCGAGCAUGGUCAAGAGGUGGAUGUCGAAGUUCACGCGCACAAGGACGAAGACUACAAGCAGCCGAAGAAGAAGUACGUUCCCUUCUCGGGAUCCGGCAACCGUCUGGGUAGCCCGACUCCGGGUGUGAGCUCUGCAAGUGCCCCGAUGACGGCUGCACCCUCAUCAAGUACCACCGCGGCGUCGACCUCAACCACUCCCGCGGCACCAUCGGUUGAUGUCGAUGCUUCGGCGCCCACCAUCACACUCCAGAUCCGGCUCGGUGAUGGCACCCGUCUGCAGUCGCGCUUCAACACCACACACACCAUUGGCGACGUCUACGAAUUUGUAGAUCGCGCUAGUCCCGCGAGCCAGGAGCGCGCAUAUGCGCUUAUGACGACGUUUCCUUCGAAGGAGCUCGAGGACAAGGCGCAGGUCUUGGGCGACAUGUCAGAGUUCAAGCGCGGCGGCGUUGUGGUCCAGAAGUGGAAAUAG